CUUAAUUCUGUAACCAACAAGAGAGCCACGUCACCUAAACCUUCUCAAUAAUGAGAAACAACACAUGCAGUCGAGUUUUCGUGACUAUAUUCCUGCCUCUCGUUGAGAAAGUAGAAAAAGCUUCGCCUUAAUGCUUACGUCUUUAGAAACGACGACGGGGUCUACAAUAUCCACGCCUAGCAAGGAGUCAAAAGCUUCCCUUCUUAGCUAAUUUAGCAUGACCUUGAGAAGUAUUAAAGCAAAGGAAAUCUCUCCUCAAAUGCUUUCUUUUCACCCUCGUUAUCUAACAUCAUCUUCACAGUUAUUCACUUAGCUUCAAACGUUACUUUACAUUCCUCCUUCCUAAAUUAUUUCCAAGAACCCACUACCACAACCACCUUCAAAAUGCAUUGUUCAUUCUCUACCACUGUCAUUGCUGCUUUCAGCAUGCUCUCUGUUGUCUGCGCUGGUCCUAUUGCUUCUCGCAAAGUUUGCGGUGCUGCUCCUGUUGGAACAGUGGCUCAGACCCCUCUCUUGCAGCCAACUGGAAUCACCACUGCAUCCGCCUGCGCUACUCAGUGCAAAGGCAACACAGCAUGUCUCUCAUUCCUCUUCGGACUUGUCGAUGGCGUAGACAAAUGCAUACUCUACUCCGUUCCAGCAUCCUCGCUCCCUCCUCAAACCAACCUCGUUGCCUAUGAUAUCGCCUGUACCUCCAUUCCUUCUGUUGUCCCAACAGCUGCCAACCCAGGCGGACUUCGCACCCGACAAACUCAAGGGACCCAUGCCAACCCCUUGAAUGCAGCCCCAGCAGGCGCACCAGCACCCAUUGACACUCCUAAGGUCAACAAUUUGGCCGCCUGCCUUGCAUCCUGCAAGGGCAACCCAUCCUGCAUCGCCUAUACCUUCAAGUCUGGUGUCUGUAAGCUUUUCGGCCCCACAAAGGCCAAGCGUGCCGAGGGCGUUGCAACUGGUGCUGGAAAGGCAGGUGCUGGAAAAGCAGCUCAGGAUCAUGCUUCUAGCUCAGAUGGCGCUGUCCUACAAACACCAGUUGCGACCCACGAGGCUCCGCUUAACGCUAUCCCAGCAGGCGCACCAGCACCCAUUGACACUCCUAAGGUCAACGAUUUGGCCGCCUGCCUUGCAUCCUGCAAGGGCAACCCAUCCUGCAUCGCCUAUACCUUCGAGUCUGGUGCCUGCAAGCUCUUUAACUAGGCCAUCUAUUAGAGCUUCUUUGAACCAAGUGAGGCUUGGGUAGUCAAGGUUAUGUUGUGGGCAGAUGUGUUUGCAUGUUGAUUUAAAUUUUGGCGUUUCUUUUCUCUUCUGUUUGCAAAAUGUCUGUCCCUACAAUCUCUGUAUCAUUCAUAGAAAAUCUCCGACAUUGGUCGGGGGAUCAAUAAAAGCUG